AUGCGUGAGCGUACAUCUACGGACAAUGCUUACAGUUCAACGUCAGAAUUUGGUUGUUCUAUGCGGGAACUGCAAGGACUCAUGCAGCUCCGUGGUGCGGAGGGAGUCGAAAUUUUGAACAAAAGAUAUGGUGGAGCUACUGGACUGUGCAAGCGCCUUCGAACUUCUCCAACUGAUGGCAUAUCAAGUCAAGAUCUUACUAAACGUCGUGAAGUAUUUGGGACCAAUGUUAUACCGCCUACACCUCCGAAAAGUUUUCUACAACUUAUGUGGGAGGCUUUACAAGAUGUUACUCUGAUAGUUCUAAUGGUUGCUGCUGGUGUAUCACUACUUCUGGCGUUGUAUACAAAAUAUUUUGGUGGUGAAGAUCACAGCAGCGAUGAAACUGAAGGUGAAGUAAGCUGGAUAGAAGGUGUUGCAAUACUCUGUGCUGUUGUUGUAGUCGUUUUGGUGACUGCAACCAAUGACUGGCAAAAAGAAAGACAAUUUCGUGGCCUUCAAGAUAAAAUUGAAUCAGAUCAUAAAAUGUCUGUUGUACGAGAUGGUGAAAUGAUAGAAGUAUUAGUCGGUGAUAUUGUUGUCGGUGAUAUCUGUUUGGUUAAAUAUGGUGAUUUACUACCAGCUGAUGGUGUAAUUCUUCAGAGUAAUGAUUUAAAAGUUGAUGAAAGCUCACUAACUGGUGAACCAGAUCAAGUGAAAAAGGGUGAAAAUAAUGAUCCAAUGCUUUUAUCAGGUACACAUGUUAUGGAAGGUUCUGGAAAAAUGGUGGUCACAGCUGUUGGCGUUAAUUCUCAAGCAGGUAUUAUAUUCACUCUGUUGGGUGCAACUGAAGGUGAUGGAUCAACAUCGCCUCCACCACCUCCGGCAGAUUUAAUCGAUGCAAAUGAAAUGACACAGAUUGAAGGUCAUACUAAUCUUUCACGGCAAAACAAUGACACAGAUGGCAAACAACAACAACGUGGAAAACAUACAAAUUUCAAUGAUCCUACAAAUGAUCGUAAAAAUCAAAUGAAGGGAAGUGGUCAUGUUGCUUUCAGUGGUACAUCUGAAGGAUCUGGAAAAACUGCACUACAGGCGACCAUAUUGAAAAUCAUAACCUUGAUAAUUCAAAUCAACGCUAAAUUGACUCAUUUAGCUGGUUUAAUCGGACAAAUGGGUACUGUUGUGGCUAGUUUAACUGUGAUUAUACUGAUUAUAAAAUUUUCUGUGAAUACAUUUUACUUUGAAAAAGAACAAUGGGAUACAGGAAGACAUUUACAUCAAUUUGUAAGAUUUGUUAUUAUUGGUGUCACUGUGCUUGUUGUCGCUGUGCCUGAAGGUCUUCCUUUAGCUGUAACUAUUUCAUUAGCCUAUUCAGUCAAGAAAAUGAUGAAGGAUAAUAAUCUGGUACGACAUUUAGAUGCCUGUGAAACAAUGGGUAAUGCAACAGCAAUCUGUUCAGAUAAAACAGGUACUUUAACAACAAAUCGAAUGACAGUUGUCCAGUGUUAUUUCGGUGGGAAAUUGACUCGAAACUCCGAUGAGUUACCAAAGUUGAAAGAUUUGAAUCACAGAAUUGGACAUCGGUUGGUUCAUGGUGUAUCUAUCAACAGUAGUUAUACAUCACGUAUAAUGAUACCUGAAAAGCCAACAGAAUUACCACAACAAUUAGGAAAUAAAACUGAAUGUGCUUUACUUGGUUUUGUCCGACAUCUUGGAGUUAAUUAUGAGGAUAUACGAGAACGAUGGCCUCAAGAAAGCUUAAUCAAGGUGUUCACAUUUAACUCUGUACGCAAAUCAAUGAGUACUGUGAUUAAAAACUUGGAAGCUGAUCGACCAGGUUAUACUGUUUUCACGAAAGGUGCUUCUGAAAUGGUUUUAAAGAAGUGUACCUUCAUUCUUGAUGCUAAUGGUGAACCAAAACCAUUCACUGUAGCCAAUCAAGAAAGUUUAGUUCGAGAUGUAAUAGAACCGAUGGCUGGUGAUGGACUACGAACUAUAGGCAUAGCAUACAAGAGUUAUAUUGAUUCUGCUGUUGGAGUGGCUACCAAUGAAAUUCCUCUAAAGCGUGGUCAAACACCAGAUUUUGAUGAUGAAGAUACAGUUGUAUCCAACUUAACAUGUAUUGGUAUUGUGGGAAUCGAAGAUCCUGUACGACCAGAAGUGCCCGCCGCCAUUCGAAAAUGUCAACGUGCUGGAAUUACUGUUCGUAUGGUAACUGGUGAUAAUGUGAAUACAGCACGAUCAAUUGCUUAUAAAUGUGGUAUCUUAAGACCAGGUGAUAAUUAUAUUAUAUUAGAAGGAAAAGAAUUUAAUAAUCGUGUACGUGAUCCACGUACAAAUCGUGUUCGACAAGAUUUAAUGGAUCAAGUAUGGCCACAGCUUAGAGUAUUAGCACGUUCAUCUCCACAAGAUAAAUACACACUAGUUAGUGGAAUUAUUGACAGUCAUAUUUCAACACGUCGUGAAGUUGUCGCUGUCACUGGUGAUGGUACAAAUGAUGGACCUGCAUUGAAAAAAGCUGAUGUUGGUUUUGCAAUGGGUAUAGCUGGUACAGAUGUGGCGAAAGAAGCAUCUGACAUUAUAUUAACUGAUGAUAAUUUUACAAGUAUUGUUAAAGCAGUAAUGUGGGGAAGAAAUGUCUACGAUUCAAUAUCAAAAUUUUUACAAUUUCAAUUAACUGUCAAUAUGGUGGCUAUUAUAGUCGCAUUUAUUGGGGCUUGUUUUAUCACAGAUAGUCCAUUGAAAGCUGUGCAAAUGUUAUGGGUCAAUUUAAUCAUGGAUACCUUAGCAUCAUUAGCAUUGGCAACAGAAAUACCAACAGAAGAAUUGCUUGAACGCGCACCAUAUGGUCGAACAAAACCUAUUAUUAGUCGAAAUAUGAUAAAAAAUAUUCUUGGACAAUCUAUUUACCAAUUGGCAGUUAUUUUCUAUUUAAUAUGGUUUGGUGAGCAUUUAUUAGAUGUAGAAAAUGGACGUGGUUUAAGUGCAAAAGGUAUAAAUCGUCCAACUGAACAUUUUACAGUUAUAUUUAAUUCAUUUGUUAUGAUGACAUUAUUCAAUGAGAUAAAUGCUAGAAAAAUACAUGGACAACGUAAUAUUUUCGCUGGUCUAAUGAAUAAUAUACUAUUUGUGAUUAUCUGGAUUUCAACAUUUCUACUACAAGUUGUAAUUAUCCAAUUUGGAGGAUAUGCAUUUAGUACUUGCCCAUUAGCACUGGAACAUUGGCUAUGGUGUUUAUUUUUCGGUAUCGGUACACUAGUUUGGGGUCAGGUUGUUAUUACAAUACCAAUUUGGGUUAUACCGAAAAGAAAACGAAAGCCGCUUAAAGGAAGACGGUCAACCCUGAUUACAACACAAGAUGCUAUAGGAACAGAAACAGCUGGCCUAGUCGGUCAAGAUGUCACGCACACUCCGAUUGCAGAUGGUGGUUUAGGCCAUCGUGCAAGUACAGGAUUUGUUAGUAAAGCAGCUAAUGCAGUAGCUCGUGGUCUAGGCGCGAUAUACACUCAACCAGAAGGUGAAGAAGACGAAGAGGAAGAAGAAGAUGAUGAUGAAGAAGAGGAGGAAGAUGAGGAUAGGGAAGAUUUGGGCAGUGCUGAACUACGCAAUACAGGUCAAAUAUUAUGGAUAAGAGGUUUGUCAAGGCUACAAACACAGCUUCGUGUAAUCAAUGCAUUUCGUGACAAUAAUCCAACUGCAUUAUGUGAACGACUUGAAAGAAGUGGUCAACUGAAGAAAAGAUUUGCUCAACAACCGAAUAGAUCACAUUCAUUUGUUCUACUUCAACAGACACCAUCAACAAAUCUAUUAAAAAAUAAUCAUGAUGGUGGGCAGUCUCAAUCACAACCAGCAGUUCAUUAUAAUUACAACGAUGAUAGUGAUGAUGAUAUUGAUAAUGAUAAAAAUAAUAAUAAACAAAAAAAUGAAAAUAAUUCUUCAGAAGUUCUUCAUAAAACAAAACUUUGA